AUGAGAUAUUUUUCGUUUCGUUCUCUCUCUCUCUCUCUCUGCUUCUGCUUCUUCGUAUUCUUCGUCUUUCUAUUAUUUCUAGCAUUGAAACUCUUCUCAACUCACCGAAAUGUAAACUAUUCAUUCAUUCAUUCAUUCACAGAAUUCGACACGGUCGCUCGCGAAUGGCGCAUGAAAUGGUCCCCGGACGACGACAAGGCAUCUUUAGCCGCCGCCCAAAAAGUGUUGGAAAAGCAACUCGCGACGGUGAAGGCAGUCAAAGGCGUCAAGAGCGUCCAAAGAGUCGUUUGCGGUGGAUGCAUGGACUUUAAAGUCAUCGUUGCUUUGGACGGCGACUCUUUCGGUGAGUGGGAAGCCGCUGGCUUCGCGCCGGAGGCUGACUUUCUCAAGGAAGUUGAAUCCAUCAAGGGCAUUCAACAAGUGGAGACGCAAACCUUUACGCUCAUGCCAAUGUAA